AACAAGAGAAGAAGAGAAAACGGAAGUCGAUUGAUAUACCCCGCACCGAUAAAUUUGAAAGGUCUGGCGAUAUGGAUGUCAGCAUCGCUGUCUCCUUGAUCCGAGGCCAAAUGGGUGCGGUGGUGGAGCGUGCGGUAAAUGGCGCCGUGGAGACCGUGCUGGCUGAGAUGCUCAAGGUGGUGGGGGUUAAAUUCGAGGAGCUGAAGGUGCAGCUGGCGCUCAUGAAGCGCGAGGUGGCGACGCUGCAGCGUGAAAAAGUCCUGAAGGAUAAGGAGAACGAUAACGUCCGAGCAAAGCUGCGAUACACUGAGUUGAAAUUGAAGUACUACAGACAAGGUGUGGAGGAGGAACUGCAGCACCGAACUUCCAACACGUCUUUGGUACGAAGCCACCAGCCCAAAUGUCCUCCUGGACAGACUAGUGGUACCAGUGUCUCCUCCACUGGAGCGUCACCAUCGUGCUCCUCUCAGACAUCCACAGCUGAAGAUCCACCAACAAGCAACCGAGCUCUGCUCUGUCACGUAGACCAGGAUGUUCCUCAGAGGAUAGGAGGAGAAGGUCAGGAGGCCGACUUGAAUGCCACUGCGCAUAAACACUUGGAUGGCAACGAAACCAUCUUGAACCUGCCUCCUUUCCCAACCCAUGACGCUGGUCAGGAGUCUGCCACCCCACCUCUGUCCCCUCAUGGCUCACCGCAAGCCGAUAGCUCUACCCUGGCUGUCUCUACAACACAGGUGAAGAUGGAGGAGGAAGAUCAGCAGGUGAUCUCCAUAAAAGAAGAGCCGGAGGAGGAGCAGGAAGUGAUGUCAUGCCUACUGAUGGACAAAAUGAUGAACCAAAACCUGGUCCAGUCAGAGGUAAUGAUGUCUGGGACACAGUGGUCAGGAUUACAGACCAGCCAGAAUAAAAGCUCCUCAGGCUUCAGCUCAAAUGAACCAAGCCCCUCCUAUGCCACACCUCAGGCAUCCUUUCCGGCCAUUGCCCCGGCACCUCCGGGCUCUCCACGCCAGAUGGUGCGCGGUACAUGGACCAAAGACUUGAGCUUGUACGAAGAAUACAAAAUGCGGCGCAAUGAGCUACGCCGGCGAAGCCUCAACCGGCGGCGAGAACUCGAAAAAACGCUUCCUCAACCUUUGCUGGCUGAUCUGGUACGGGAGCGGCGAGAAAAGACCAGACUUAGGGUGGCCAGAUGGCGGGCAAAGCGAAAACUGCAAGCUUGUCUCAACCAGGCUCCCAUUGGUGGUGACCCCACCACUCAAUUCAAGACACACGGUGGUGCAGUGGCUAUUUCCCAGGAUGGUUUUGCUAUUGCGGGUCCUCAACAACACAAAGUACCUUGUGCAUCUACUUCCAGUCCGCCUAACAACGUGGUCAUCUCUGCAAUCACCACUUUCCCAUUCGUUACGCCGCCGGCGUCAUCCUCCCUGUUCAUGAGGGGUCCUGAUAUGUCUGCGCAGGCCAAUCAGCACGCGUUGAUGUCAAUGCCCCAUACGCCUGCCCCCUACCCGCAGGUUAGCCUAUCGCAGCAGAGCAAGUCUCUGACGGACACCAAUGUCGACUCGUGAGAGUUCAGACUGAACAGUCUGCUAGUUGCACCUGUAUCGCGCCGAGAUGUGUUGUCAUAUCCUGUUGCACUGAUCACAAACACUUAAAAAGAGACGUGGUAGAGCAGGGAUGGGCAUAACUGUUAAUUUUAAUUUAAAAUUCGUGGUCAGGUAAUCUUGUAUUUUUUAAUUUAAAGCCCUUUUCAUGCCAAAAAAUACCUGAUAAUGUUAAUUUUUUUCUAUAUCAUUUUAUAUUUUCAAAAGAAUUCAAACAAACAAAACUCUUAAAAAAUAGUGUUAAAAUAGUCUUUAACUAAACAAGCAAACACUGAAGGUAUUAUUUCAAUAGGCAUGCCGAAGUUGAACGUGAAGUUGUUCAACUUUACAGAAAGCAAACAAGGCAGCUGUGCUUUUUAAAGCUUUUUACUUUCCUCACUUUUGACAAUUUGCAAAGCUGUAACACACAUAUGUACACUUAGGUUCAAAACGACACACAUUUGAACAAUAAAACACUUGACAGUGGCGUUGAAACAUCGAUCUAGCCCAGACAUGUCCAAAGUCCGGCCCGGGGGCCAAAUGCGGCCCGUGGUCAAAUUUCAUCCGGCCCCCAGCCUCUGUCAUAAAAUCAAUAACGUCUGGCCCGCACACAGACUUAAUAAAUUGGUCAGCAGUACUGCAACCAGCAUAAGCAGUAGCUUACACACGAAAUGCUGCUCCUCAUUUACCCACUCAAAGGCAGCAGCACUUUAACCCUUUAUUGCCAAAUGUAUCACAUUUGAUACACCGAAAAUUUCAUGAUUUUGAGACUAAUUUAGAAUUUUGACAUUUCUUUUUGGAAAAAACAAACAAACAAACAAAAACAACGAUUGAUGCAAGUCAACACAUGCAUUUGCAGGUUCUAUGAGAAAAAAAUGAUUUAGCAUGAGUUAUAGAUAUUAGAGCGCUUAUUACACAUAUUCAUUUUGACUUUUCUUUUUACAAAUUUGAAAAAAUUGUUUCAUUAGGACCUUAUUUUUCAAAUUUUGGGAUUCUCUGAUAAUUGUUUCAUGUUGCAGGUAUUGAAGGGCUAAGCAACAUUACCCCGUGUGACCCAUUACUUCCAUUUUCUAAAAUGGCGACAAUCAACAAAAAAAAAAAAGAAAGUUGACUGUGACGGCCGACGCUUCAAGGAUAGGUGGAAAUUGGACUAUUUCUUCACUAAAAUGCGCAACAACUGUGUCUGCCUCAUUUGCAAAGAGACAGUCGCUGUUUUUAAAGAUUUCAAUGUUAGCCGAUAUUACCAAACAAGACACGUUGACGUGUACGGCAAGAUUACAGGGAAGAUUCGCAGCGAGAAAUUGAAGCAACUUGAAGCUAGUUUAAUUUCACAGCAGCAGUAUUUCGCAAGAGCCCGAGAGUCGAAAGAGAACGCCACAAAGGCUAGUUGUAAGAUUGAAAUUAUUCAAUUUAAAAAAAUAAUAAAGCAAAUGUGACACACUGAAUGGCUUGCUAAAAUUUGCUUAAAUAUAUUGUUCUAUGUAGAGGAUGUCAGCCAAGGUCAGCCCCCUUUGCAAAAAGUUUGGACACGCCUGAUCCAGCCUGAUCAAUAUGUAAAUUUAGUAGAUUAAAUUUGCCUAAUUUGCCUAACAAAAGUCAGCUAGCUUAAACGCAUUUACAAUUCUCAUAUCAAAUCGCUCACACGUAACUCCACAAACUGUAGCUCUAAAUUUAAUAAUUACCAAUGCAUACACAAACAUAUAUUAGCUGAAACAACUUACAGCCUUAUGUGGGCCAAACCAGAGCGCAGCUGUCCUUUAUCCAUGUCAGACUUCUGAGUCUGCUUCUCAGUCAUACAAGGCGACAGUCCAUUUAGAUCAACGCUGCCACCAGAGGGCAGUGUAUCCUCUAUCAUUAAACUAAAUACAGUGGUACCUCGACACACGAUCGCUUUGACACACGAUCUUUUCGACAUCCGAUGUAAAAUUCGACUCGCCAUUUCCUUUUACAUCCGACGACAUGCUCGAAAUACGAUGAUUUAAGGCAGUGCCGCAGCUUCGUUUUGCCACAAGAUGGGCGCACGACAGAUUUUCUUGUGAGAGAAAUCAACAAGUGUUCCAAGAAGGUUAGGGUAGGUGGUGAAAAAAGGAGAAGGUGACGCUGACCAUUGAAAUGAAGAUCGAAAUGGUAGAAAAAUAUGAGUCCGUGAACUGGCUCAACAAUAAGGCCGUAGAAUGUCUACGAUCGCGACGGUCCUCUUCAGACCUCCGUUCGCCAGUCUUUAUAAUUUAACGUGACAAUUAUUAUUGUUGUAACAUCGCCAAAGACAUCGCCAGCUUCGUCAGGUUUUUAAUAAUUUAUUUCAGAGCUUGUGCAACAUAACACGCCUACUGUCCGCUGCAGUUUCCGCCAACAACAAAACAUUAAAAGAGAAAGUAAAAUCUCGACCGCACCUUUCUUACUCUGUCACGUCAGCCACGCGGGGCGUUCAGAUACAGCACGCAAAACACGUCCACCACAUUAGAAUCCGAUUCGUUACAUUAUUAUUCCGGUUUUUAGUAAUAAAUUGUUUUGCUAUGUGUAAUUGCCAUUUGUCAUCAUACAAGCAGUAUUUAAGGAUUUAGUGUAGGUUUUUAGGUUGUCGAACGAAUUAAUGGAAUUAUAAUUUAUUCUUAUGGGAAAAAUCCUGCUCGACGCGCAACUAUUUCAAUUUACAAACAAGGUCGUGGAACAAAUUAACUUUGGAUGUAGAGGUACCACUGAACAGCACUUUUGGACAGUCAUUUUGAGAUUUAGGGGUAUUUAAAGGGUUAAUUCCGAUUUACGUGGAAAUUCGGGUUACUUUGCCAGCGUAGGAACAGAAUUCGCUCGUAACCUAAGGACUACCUGUAAAUGGACUAAAACAUUAUGCCCAUCCCUGAUAAUGAUACAUUUACUUGUUUUAAGUGAGCAUUGAUAACCUCAAUAUACUCUACUGUUACAAAAUGCACACAUUGUUAACACUAAUUUUCUCCCUGUUGAAAUUGGAACUGUUAUUGUGUAUACUUUGUCCGAAUAAAAUAAGCGAGAAAUUUGGCGUGUUUAGUAUUUUUUUUUUCAUUGAAAUCUUUCUAAAACGUGUUUUGGUUUUUGAUUAAAUUUAAUCUCAAGUGUCAAAAAUAGAAAUGACAGACAGACAUCACACAAAUAAAUCUUUAUUACUCUAUCAAUAAAACAUUAACUGCCUUCAUCAAAGGAAAGUCUCUCAAAUAGAACAUUUUAAUGUCUUUGAUUGUUGUAAAAUAGGGGUACAGUGGUAUGAAAAAGUAUCUGAACCUUUUAGAAUUUCUCACAUUUCUGCAUAAAAUCAUCAAAUGUGACCUGAUCUUUGUCAAAACCACACAGAUGAAAAUACAGUGUCUGCUUUAACUAAAACCACCCAAACAUUUAUAGGUUUUCAUAUUUUAAUGAGGAUAGCAUGCAAACAAUGACAGAAGGGGAGAAAAUAAGUAAGUGAACCCUCUGCCUAAGGAGAUAUAACGAGCAAUUGAAACCAAUUUUUACCACACAUUUUAAGUCAGGUGUGUGCCCACUCACUGAGUGGUUUAAAGCUGGCCUGCCCACUAUAAAACACACACCUGGUAAGAAAUGUCUUGAUGAGAAUCAUUGUCUGAUGUGCAUCAUGGCUCGGUCAAAAGAGCUGUCUGAAGACUUGCGAUCAAGGAUUGUUUAAAGCUUUGUAUAAAGCUGGGAAAGUAUACAAAACCAUCUCUAAAAGUCUGGAUGUCCAUCAAUCGACAGUCAGAGAAGUUUUCUACAAAUGGAGAGUUUUGGCACUAUUGCUUCUCUCCCAGGGAAUGGCCGUCCACCAAAGAUGACCCCAAGAAUUCAGCGUGGAAAAAUGGGUCAGCUCACCAACAUCAACACCUCGUCCCAACCGUGAAGCAUGGAGGAGGGAGCAUUAUGAUUUGAGGCUGUUUUGCUGCCUAAGGGCCUGGAUACCUUGCAAUCAUUAUUGGAAGAAUGAAUUCAAAGGUUUAUCAGGAUGUUUUGCAGGAGAACCUGAGGCCGUCUGUCAGACAGUUGAAGCUAAAAAGAGGAUGGAUGCUGCAACAAGACUAUGAUCCUAAGCACAGAAGUAAAUCAACUUCAAAAUGGUUUCAGAAAACAAAAUACAUGUUCUGGAGUGGCCAAGUCAAAGUCCAGGCUUGAACCCCAUUGAGAUGCUGUGGCAUGACCUAAAGACAGCAAUUCAUUCCAGACCUCCCACGAAUCUGACUGAACUACAGCAGUUUUGUCGAGAAGAAUGGGCCAAGAUUAGUCCUGAUUGAGGUGCCAGACUGAUCUGCAGAUACAGGAAGCGUCUAGGUGAAGUUAUUGCUGCCAA